UGUGAUUUUUAAACCUGAUUGCUUACACCAAUCUCCAGUUAUACAGCUUAUACUCUUACUCUAUCGCACGGAAUCACAUCACAACUUAAGUUUAUACUUUAAGAAGCGUCUGCUGAAGACCAAUUUUGAGAAUUUGUGUUACUGACUUACAUUUACAUUCGAUUUCAUUGUGAAGCUAUUAUUUAUUAAUAAUAUUUUCAGCCUUAUACUGUAACAAUGGAGAACGUUCUUGCAAAACAAUUGUUGCAAGUGGCAGAGACCAUCGAGCAGAAAAUCGAUCAAGAAAUACAACGUCUCGAUGAAUUAGAUAUGGACAGCAUUGAGAAUAUAAGAGAACAUCGUUUACAGCAAAUGAAGAAAAUGAUAAAACAAAAAGAAGAAUGGGUGGCCAAAGGACAUGGAGAUUACGAAGAAUUAAGUGAUGAAAAAGGAUUUUUUGAAAAAUCAAAAAUCAGUCCAAACAUGGUGUUACAUUUUUACAAAGAUGGAUCACAACGAUGCAAGAUAGUCGAUCAUCAUUUGCAAAUAUUAUGCAAACAACAUCUGGAGACACGGUUUUGUAAAUUGAAUGUUACCAGAUUCCCAUUCCUCACUGAACGAAUGAAAAUCAGAGUUAUACCCACUAUAGUGUCUAUUGUAGAUAGUAUAUCCAAAGAUUUUAUUGUUGGUUUUACUGAGUUGGGAAAUUGUGAUGAUUUCUCUACAGAAAUGCUAGAAUGGCGUUUAGCUCGUUCAAAAGUUAUUGAUUACAAAGGUGAUUUAUUAAACCCACCAGAUGUGACAAAGAACAAUCGAGCAAUGGUAUUGGAAAAAAAGAAAACAAUUAGAGGAAAACUAGGCGAUGAAGACUCAGAUGGACUAGAUUCAGACUGAAUAGUAAAAGAAUAGAUUUGAUUAUUAAUUAAUAAUAUUAAUCUAUUAUUGUGAGAGCUUUCACUUAAUUUCUAUUUUUAUUAAAUCUUUUUAACACGCACUAAUGUUUAAUGUACAUGCAAGCGGUCAAAAAAUAACAUUUAAACAAAUUUGUUGUACUAAAUCCUUUUUUAUUUUAUUUGUUAAAAUCAAAGUUAGGAAAUAGGUACUUGUGCUAUGUUUACAUUCCUGACCUUUGUUAAUAACUUAACUGGGAACCACCGAUAUCGCUUUUUGCACAAAAUGAGAAUUGUUAUUAAUAUUUAGCUAUUUAUCAUUUAAUUAGCUCAAAUAACUCAAUUUUUCUAAAAAUGUGCUUUUGUACCAAAAACACAUAUGUUUUCAUUUAUAAAUUACAUUCAGAAGUUAAAUAUUGUUGUAAACUAAACUAUAUUUUUGAUGCAUACGUGAUUUAUAAACAUCUAUCUCAUUGUUUUUGUUAAUUGGCUUGAUUAAAUUUUUUUUUU